AUGUUCGUGUUUUUUUUGGGGUUGGCGCUGCGAGCGACGGCACAGGACGUGGACUAUGCGCAGUUUGUGAAUCCAUUCAUUGGGACCGAGGGUGCUAUUCCCGGAUACGCAUACGGCGGGGGCGAUGUCUUCGUUGGCGGCGCCGUACCAUUCGGGAUGGUUAAGCUCGGGCUCGAUACAUACGAGGAGCCCAUCAACCAAAGCGCACUCAACGGUGGAUACACCCCGCAUGGAAAAGUGACGGGAAUCAGUCUGAUGCAUGAGUCGGGCACGGGGGGAGGGCCAAAGUACGGCUUUCCGGCGCAGAUGCCAUUGACGAUGAUCGAAGCGCCCGUGAACCUGCUAGACAAUUUGACAUACUGGCAGAAAAGGGUGGGUGACGAUGUCGCAAGCGUCGGUUACUUUCGCACGCAGUUCGAAUCGGGCGUCGCGGUCGAACUCUCCGCAUCACGGCACGCAGGCUUAUACCACUAUACAUUCCCUUCACCGUCCGAAAAGCACGUUUUGGUAGACUUCUCCCAUUACCUUCCGUACCCGACCCGCUCCUGGGACUCGCAAUUUUACACCGGCGCUGAGAUCGAGAUGCAGCCGAACUCCACGGAAUACACCGGUUACACCUCCAUUGCAAACGGCUGGUGCUUGGGCGCUCCGGUCACUGUAUACGUAUGCGGCGAGUUUGAUAACCCCCCUGAUGAGGCGAGAGCAUUCAGCGGGAAGAACACAUUCCCGGUAGGACGACAUUUCCGGACCUUCGACAAUGGGACGACUCCGCAGCCUACCUUUACCGGCUCGAGCGCGCGCGCAGGGCCGCUAAGCGAUCGUGUUGGCGCCAUCUUCUCCUGGAACAGCACUGAUGGGUCUGACGAGGUGAAGUCCCGGGUCGGCAUUUCGUUCAUGUCGGUGGAAAAGGCAUGUGCGUAUAAAAACACCGAACUUUCUUCCUGGUCGAUCGAGGAAACUGCACAGGCUGCGCGCGACGAGUGGAACCGAGAUGUGUUUUCGAAAAUUCGCGUCGACACCUCCGAUGCAGCAAAUAAGACGAGAUUGGCACUCCUCUAUUCUAGUUUGUAUUUCAUGCACCUCAUUCCCAGCGAGCGCGUAGGCGAGAAUCCUCUCUGGGAAUCCGACGAGCCAUAUUGGGACGACUUCUAUACCAUGUGGGAUCUCUUCAGGAACCAGGUUUCCUUGUGGCAUCUCAUACAGCCGUCGUACUACGAGUCGAUGAUUCGGUCUCUCAUCGAUAUGUUCAAGCAUGAGGGCUACAUGCCGGACGGAAGAUCGGGAAACUACAAUGGUCUCGUGCAGGGAGGCUCGAAUGCUGAUAACGUCCUGGCUGACGCGUACGUAAAGGGACUCCGGGGGAACAUCAACUGGACCGAAGGUUACGCCGCAGUAAAGAAGAAUGCCGAAGUGCUUCCAUUCUUCGACCAGAAUCCCGUCGACCCGCAAGGGUCAUUGAAGGAAGGCCGUUCAGCGCUGAACGAUUGGAUCCCGCUUGGCUAUGUAUCCGCAGAUCGGAGCACGCGCGCGGUGUCGAAGACUGUCGAGUAUUCACUGAACGACUUCGCUGUGAGUCAAAUUGCUGCGGGAGAAGAGCCUGGUGACCGUGAUCUGUAUCUUCGGCGAUCGGCUGGGUGGCAGCUGAGCUGGGACCCGGAAGCUACUAGUCGGGGUUUCAUGGGCUUCGUGAUGCCGCGGUAUGCGAAUGGUACCUUCCACAAAACGUACAAUAUCACCAAUUGCGGUGACUGUAACUGGGGAGAUGAGAGCUAUGAGGGUACAGCUUUCGAAUAUUCUUUCGUAAUCCCGCAUGAUGUCGGCCGAGUGAUCGAGCUAAUGGGUGGUCCACAACAUUUCGAAGAGCGCCUAGACUACGUCUUCCAGCCCAAUACUUCAGGCGUAGAUCUCGGCGUGAACGGUCUCGGGAUAACGACAAUCAACAAUGUCGCCAACGAGCCGGACUUCCAAACACCUUACCUAUACAAUUAUCUCAACAAGCAGUGGAAAUCGGUCCAGAGAUCGCGGCAGCUUGCCAACGAUUUCUAUUUCAACACGUCGAACGGCAUCCCCGGUAAUUCAGAUGCUGGAGCGUUGAACGGGUGGUUGGUAUGGCAGAUGAUUGGAAUGUAUCCUAUCGUGACGACGCCAGUAUAUUUAUUGGAGAGUCCAUGGUUCGAUGACAUCAACAUUACGGUGAACCACAACCAUACGCUCAGGAUCCGAGCCGAGGGUUUGGACGAUGGGGAGGGUCGGCAGGGGUACUACGUCCAAGGUGUGAGCAUCAACGGCCAGCCCUGGAGCAAGAAUUGGUUUGAGCAUGAGGAUGUCGGCGGGAUCAUGACAAACGGUGGGGAGAUGCUCUUCCAGCUGGGCACCGAGCAGGUGAUUUGGGAGACAGGAGAGGUGCCGCCUUCGCCGGCCCAUAUGGUUCUUGACGUGGGUCAAAGGCGACAUUUAGAUGAAUGA